GCCCAUAUAUGGCUAAUUGCGUCACAGGAACUCCGGAGGGGCGGGGCGAGGGAUCCCCCCCGUUCUCCGCCCGCCGCGGAGCCUCUUAACGGCGGCGGCGGCUCCCGGGGCCGCAGAACGACAAGCGGCAACAGCGGCGACGGCGGCUGCGGGGUCCCGGGGGUCCCGGAGCGGCGGCGGCAGGCGUGACGUCAGCGCAGGGGGCGGGGCGCCGCCGUAUAAAGCGCGGCGCGGCGGUGAGCACUUCAUUCAUAAAAAGCGGAGACCGGGGAAAGCGGCGGGAGCGUCACCGGCACUUUGCACCGGCGGAGCGGGGAGCGGAUGUAUCGGGGAUCGUAGCGGCUGAACCGGAGCCUGGGAAGGGAUUUACCGGACCUUAUAGCGGCUCACCGGGACUUUGCACCGGCGAACUAGAGCCUGGGAAGGCGUGUAUUGGGGCUUAUAGCGGCGAAUCGGGACUUUGCACCGGAGAACCGGAGCCUGGGAACGGAUGCACCGGGGUUUGUAGAGGCGCACCGGGACUUUGUACCGGAGAACCGGAGCCUAGGACGGAUGCACCGGGGUUUAUAGCGGUGCACCGGGGCUUUGUGGCGGCGAACCGGAGCCUGGGACGGACACACCGGGGCUUGUAGCAGCGAACCGGAGCCUGGGACAGCUGCACCGGGACUUUGUACCCGCGAACCGGGGGUUGUAGAGGCGCACCGGCGCCUCGCACGGAUGAGCCGGGGCUUAUAGCGGCGAACCGGAGCUCGUAGUGGCGCACCGGGACUUUGCACCAGCGAACCGGAGCCUGGGCCGGACACACCGAGGCUCGUAGCAGCACACCGCGACUUCCCACGGGACGGCAGAGCGGAGCGGCACCCUCGUACCGAGAGACUCCCCCCGCCUCCGCCGCCGAAACCGACCCCUAGCUCGGCGCGGGGGAGAGAGGGGCGGGGGCGCUCGGUAAAGCGGGAUGCCGGUAGCCUGACCCGCAGCCUUGGCGUGGCGGGGCGGCCCCCGCGCCCCCGGGGCCAUGUACCAGGGCUUCCCCGGUGACUACGACUCGGGGUCUCGCUGCAGCUCCUCGCCCUCGGCCGAGUCCCAGUACCUCUCCUCGGUCGACUCCUUCGGGAGCCCGGCGGCGGCGGCGGCCGCGCAGGAGUGCAGCGGCCUGGGGGACAUGCCUGGCUCCUUCGUGCCCACGGUGACGGCCAUCACCACCAGCCAGGACCUGCAGUGGCUGGUGCAGCCCACCCUCAUCUCCUCGGUGGCCCAGUCGCAGCCCCUGGGGGCACCCAUGGCGCACCCCCCACCCACUGCCCCUGUUGAUCCCUAUGACCUCCCGGGACCCAGCUACUCCACGCCAGGCAUGGGUGCCUUCGCCACAGGGCCGGCGGCACCACCAGCACGUCCCACCCGUGCCCGGCCCCGGCGCAGCCGUGAGGAGACGCUGACACCGGAGGAGGAGGAGAAGCGCCGGGUGCGGCGGGAGAGGAACAAGUUGGCAGCAGCGAAGUGCCGUAACCGACGCCGGGAGCUGACGGAUCGGCUGCAGGCGGAGACAGACCAGCUGGAGGAGGAGAAAGCUGAGCUGGAGUCAGAGAUAGCCGAGCUGCAGAAGGAGAAGGAACGGCUGGAGUUUGUCCUGGUGGCCCACGCCCCCGCCUGCAAGCUCCCCUUCGAGGAUGUCGGCUCCUUGGGUGCCGGCCCCGCCGAGGUGAGCACCCUGGGCAAGGAAGAGCCGGCGGGGACCGUCGCCUUCCUGCCCCCGGGUCCUUUCCAGCCGAGCGCCCAGGGCCCCUUCCCCAGCUGCUGCUUCGCACCCGGGGUCCCCUCGGGGCCACCUAACCCAUCCUAUACGUCUUCGUUUGUGUUCACCCACCCAGAGGGAGCCACCUGCGGAGCCUCGCAUCAGCGGAGCAGCAGCAGCGACCAGUCCUCGGACUCCUUGAAUUCUCCCUCGCUCCUCGCGUUGUGAACGGGGUCCCCUCCCAAAAACAGGCACCUCCUCCCUCCCCGGGUGGUGUGUUUUUGUGGAUUUUGGCUUUUUUCUCCCCCUUUUUUUGGAUCACUUGGCCCAGGGGUUGGGGUGUUGGUGAGGUUGAAAGGCAGCUUUGGUGCCUGGAUGUGGAGUGUCAGUGAUGGGGCCAGCGUGUUGGAGGUGUCCAUGGUGUGUCUCCAUCAAUCCUGCGGCGUCCUGGCCGCUUUAGAGGUGUAUGUCCCCAGUCCCCAUCAUCUCAUGGGGGUUCCUGCAGCAUCUCCAUCCCUUUGGAGAUGUUCCUGCCCAACUUCCACCACCCGGGGAAGGCUCUUAUGGUGUCUCCAUCACCUUAGAGGUGUCUGUCCCCAGUCCCCGUUGUCCCAUGGGGCUUUAUGCAACAUCUCCAUCGCUUUGGAGAUGUUCCUGCUCAACUUCCAUCCACCUGGGAAGGUCCUUUUGUUGUCUCCAUUGCCUUAGAGGUGUCCAUGUCUGAUCCACACCAUCCCAUGGGGCUUUACAUAGCAUCUCCACCCCUUUGGAGAUGUCCCUGCCUGAUUUCCACCACCCUGGGAAUGUCCCUGUGGUGUCUUCAUCACCUUAGAGGUGUCCACACCUGAUCCCCAUCACCCCAUGGGGAUUCGUGCUGCAUCUCCUUCACUUUGGAGAUGCCCAUGCUUGAUCUCAAUCACCCCAGAAAAGUCCCUGUGGCAUCUAUGACACCUUUGAGGUGUCUCUGCCUGAAUUCUGUUGUCCUGGGGGGGCGUCCCUGUGCCAUCUCCAUAGCUUUGGAGAUGUCCAUACUGUAUCUUCCUCACCCUGGGAAGGUCCCUGUGUCAUUUCUGUUACACUGGAGAUGUAUCUGUCAUCUCCAUCAUCCCAGGAGGGGGUCCAUGUGGCCUGUCCUUCCUCCUAGAGGUGUUCAUGCCACAUCUCCCUUGGAGAGUCCCUGUGGCACCUUCAUCACCUUAAAGGUGAUUGUGUCACAGCUGCACCAUCCCGUGGGGUCUUUGCAGUAUCUCCCUCACCCUGGAGAUGUCUCUGCUGUGUCCCCAUUGCCCCGGGGGGGGUGUCCUUUGUCCUUACAGCAUCUCCAUUACCCUGGAGGUGCCCUUGCUAAAUCUCCAUCACCCUGGGGGGGGGGGCCCAUGUGCUGUCUCCAUCCCCCCCAUGGUGUCCAUGCUCCAUGUCCCCAUCCUCCUCAGGGGUCCCAGCCCCACUGCUGAUGCUGGGUCUCCAGGUGACCUCUCCAGCACCCAAAAUGUUGGGUGGGCUCCCAUCCUGCUUGUCCCCCACCCAACUGUGAACAGCUCUGCCCCGUCCACCCUCCCUGCACGGGUCCUGCCGGUGGCUCCGGUGUCCCAACCCCGUGCCAUCCCUAUCUUGUGACCAAGCUUCGCCAGCGUUGACUCUGUCCUCUCUCUAUAUUAUAUAUAUAUUUUUGUUGUGUGGGGCUGCCAGCCCCCGGGAGAUGUUUAAUUUUUUAUUAUUAUUAUUAUUAUUAUUGCCUGUGCUGUAUUUGUGACUGUUCCGGGGCCGGCUUGUCCCCUGCGUCCGCGCUCGACUCAACCCAACGUGGCCAAUAAAGCAGCUUCGG